CAAGUGAACAGUUCGCUGUCUAGAAAGCUCCGCCAGAGUUAAAAUUUAAUAGAGUUAAUCAGAGCAAUAAUUAAACAAGAUCACUCACCGCAGUACCAGUACCAGUUUGAAGUAGACCUGCUCGUGUUGGUGGCACUCUCGUUCAGUCCCUGCUCCGCCGGCACCUUCAACGCCCGUCCCGCCUUCCCCGUGCAGAGCGGCCAGAUCCAGCCCAGCGGCCAGAACAACAAGCAGCCCGGCAGACGCGUCAUGAAUCCCGCCUUCGCCAACGCCGGUCGCACUCCCGGCCUGGAGAUCUGGCGCAUCGAGAACUUCGAACCCGUCGCCUACCCAAAAAAUAACUAUGGAAAAUUCUUCACUGGAGAUUCGUUUAUUGUUCUUAAUACAAUUGAAAACAAGAAGGACAAACAACUCUCCUGGGACGUGCACUUCUGGCUGGGUUCCGAGACCUCCACCGACGAGGCCGGAGCAGCGGCCAUCCUCACCGUCCAGUUGGACGACCUGCUGAACGGAGGCCCAGUCCAGCAUCGCGAGGUGCAGGACCACGAGUCGCAGCUCUUCCUCGGCUACUUCAAGAACGGCAUUCGCUACGAACAGGGCGGCGUGGGAACUGGUUUCAAGCAUGUGGAGACCAAUGCGCAGGGCGAGAAGCGUCUGUUCCAGGUGAAGGGCAAGCGGAACGUGCGCGUCCGCCAGGUGAACCUGUCCGUGUCGUCGAUGAACAAGGGCGAUUGCUUCAUUCUGGACGCGGGCAGCGACAUUUACGUUUACGUGGGCUCCCAGGCCAAGCGCGUGGAGAAGCUGAAGGCGAUCAGUGCGGCCAACCAGAUCAGGGACCAGGACCACAACGGCCGUGCCCGUGUCCAGAUCGUCGAUGACUUCAGCACCGACUCUGAUAAGCAGCAGUUCUUUGAUGUGCUGGGAUCCGGCUCCGCCGGUCAGGUGCCCGAGGAGUCGACCGCCGACGAGGACGGCGCGUUCGAGAGAACGGACGCCGCCGCCGUUUCGCUGUACAAGGUGAGCGAUGCCAGCGGCAAGCUGCAGGUGGACGCCGUGGCCCAGAAGCCACUCACCCAGGCCAUGCUGGACACGCGCGAGUGCUUCAUCCUGGACACCGGCUCCGGCAUCUUCGUGUGGGUCGGCAAGGGAGCCACGCAGAAGGAGAAGACGGACGCCAUGGCCAAGGCGCAGGAGUUCCUGCGCACCAAGAAGUACCCGGCCUGGACCCAGAUCCAUCGCAUUGUGGAGGGCGCCGAGUCAGCUCCGUUCAAGCAGUACUUUGCCACCUGGCGAGAUGCGGGCAUGGCGCACACCCGCCUCAUCCGAUCGGCCCUGGACAUUGGGUCCGAUGAGUCGCUGGACCUGGACGAGAUCGACGCUGUGGUCAGCCAGCUGAAGAAGAGCGGCGGUCGCGCCUUUGGCUUCAUGCCCGACCAUGGUCAGAACAGCAUCGAGACCAUUACCCAGUAUGUGGCAAAGUCCGGAUCCGACGAGGUCCUGGUCAACACCGUUGCCUUCGAGGAGAACCUGCCGCUGUUGGGCUUCGGCUCCUAUGUCCUCACCUACAACUACGAGGCCAACAAUGGCGAUACGGGCUCCAUAACCUACGUGUGGCAGGGAUUAAAGGCCCCCGUCGCCGUCAAGGAGCGAGCCUUCGAGGAGGGUCUGGCUCUGGCCCGGCAGAAGAACGGUCUGCUGGUGCUGGCCAACCAGGAUCACGAGCCGCGCCACUUCUACAAGAUCUUCAAGGGCAAGCUGCUGACCUCGUACACCGCACUGCCGGUGACGGCGCAGCUGUUCCGCAUCCGCGGCACCGUCGAGAGCGACAUCCGGGCCAGCGAGGUGCCCGCCGACAGCUCAUCCUUGGCCUCGGGCGAUGCAUUUGCCCUGCUGUCCGGCAAGUCGCACAAGAUCUUCGUUUGGAACGGCCUUGGUGCCUCCGCCUUCGAGAAGAGGGCAGUCGUGGAGCGCUUCUCCACCUACUGGGACGACGCCGAGCUGGAGCACGUGGAGGAGGGGGCGGAGCCGGAGGAAUUCUGGGAAGAACUGAACGGCGAGGGACAGUACGAUCGCAGCCUGGGCGACCUUGGGGCUCCGCUGCUGGAACCGCGCCUCUUCCACUGCCGCCUGAGCUCCGGCGGACGUGUGCGGGUCGAGGAAGUGGCCAAGUACGAGCAGGAGGAUCUGGACUUCGACGACGUCAUGCUGCUGGACGCCGGCGACGAGAUCUACCUCUGGGUGGGCUCUGGCGCGUCUGAGGAGGAAAAUGCCAGUAUUCUGGACAUGGCCAAGCAUUACAUCCGAGUGGAGCCCACCGCUCGCUCCAUGGACACGGUGAGCAUCAUUCGUGUUCCCCAGGGACAGGAGCCGCGGGUUUUCAAGCGCAUGUUCCCUGGCUGGGAGGACAACUACUGGAAGGAUUUGCCCAGCUACGAUGAUGUGAAGCAACAGAUUAUCGAUGCCAACAAUGAAGUCUAGAGCUUCGGAUUCAAUUCUCAGCAAAAUUAACCAAAAAUUUGUUUGUUUUUGCCCUUCUAAAAAAUGUAUCUAAUGUAAUUUUAUAAUAAAUCAAACAACUUUACAAUGUA